UCUCUACAGGUUGCGAUAGUUGAUCCUUUUGUUGACCCCAGUGCUUUUGAUCUGGUUCUGGGCUUUCCUCGUUAUUGGCUGGUAUUGAAAUAGCUGGAACACUGUUCCCAAAGUGCGUUACUUAGAACCGAUGAUGAAAAUCUACACAAUGUCAAAUGCUUAACUGAGGAAUGAGAAUGGAAAAAUAGGUGAUCAAUUGUAAUAGAGCUUUUGGAUUCUUCUGGAGAAGUUAAUCAAGUGAAAAAGGAAAUAAGGAACUGUAGAGUGUAGAUGGUUUUCAAGAGUUUGGAGACACUGGAAAGAGAAUAAUAGUACCUGGUUUGGUAAUACAGAACAACCCAGAUCUCUUAUACCCAUCUAGCUUGGGCACUGCAAGUUCUGGCAGUGCCCAUGGUUGCAACAGGGGGUGGAACCCCAUCCCUACAAUGCGAUGACAUUGUCGAACAACCUGUCAGCUCUAUUGUUGCCCCUUCUUUACCUGCAUUUCAGCGCCAACAACGUCAUUGCUUUGGAGAAUCUAUCCCUGGAGAAUUCCCCUUGGCUGCCAACCCUUCUAUCUUUCUCCAUGUUCUUACAGGUUGUAAUAUGGACCCUCGAGAUCUUGCAAAACUUGAGGCAACAUGUUCUUUCUUCAGGAACCCUGCAAAUUUUGACCCUGAUUUUGGCCUGUCCAUAUCAGAGUUGGCUGCUCUGGAUAUGUGCCACAAGAGAGCCAUAUUUAAGCCAAUGACAACUGAAGAAAGAGAUCUUCUGAGGCAGAGGUGUGGGGGUUCUUGGAAGCUGGUCUUACGGUUUCUGCUGGCUGGAGAAGUAUGUAGCAGGAGGGAGAAAUCACAUGCGAUAGCAGGCCCAGGUCAUAGCAUCGCUGUGACAUCAAAAGGGGCAGUCUAUUCAUUUGGCUCUAACAGCACAGGCCAGCUUGGGCAUGGCACAUUGGAAGAGGAAUGGCGGCCUCGGCAAAUCAGAUCUUUGCAAGGAAUUCGGAUUAUUCAAGCAGCCGUUGGGGUUGGUAGGACAAUGUUGAUAAGUGAUGUUGGGAGAGUGUAUGCAUUUGGAAAGGACUCCUUUGGCGAAACUGAAUUACCUGGUGAAGGAACUAGAUGUGUUACAACACCACAACCUGUUGAGUCCUUAAAGGACAUAUUUGUCGUUCAGGCUGCAAUCGCGCAUUUCUUUACAGCUGUUCUAUCUAGAGAGGGCAGGGUCUAUACAAUAUCUUGGGGCAAUGACACCAAGCUUUGUCAUCAGACUGAACCAAAUGACCAAGAGCCGCGUCCCCUGUUAGGUUCUCUGGAGAACAUACCUGUGGUGCAAAUCGCGGCUGGGUAUUGUUACCUCCUAGCCCUGGCUUGUCAACCUAGUGGCAUGUCUGUGUACUCUGUGGGGUGCGGUUUAGGGGGAAAGCUUGGUCAUGGUUCAAAGACAGACGAGAGAUACCCUCGAUUGAUUGAACAAUUCCAGGCUCUUAAUCUUCAGCCGGUGGUGGUUGCAGCUGGUGCUUGGCAUGCUGCUGUAGUGGGGGAAGAUGGACGAGUCUGCACUUGGGGUUGGGGGCGUUAUGGAUGUUUGGGUCAUGGCGACGAAGAAUGUGAAUUGGUGCCAAAAGUAGUGACAGGCUUAAGUGAGGUCAAAGCUGUCCAUGUUGCCACCGGGGACUAUACGACUUUUGUAGUGUGUGAAAGUGGUGAUGUGUAUUCAUUUGGAUGUGGAGAAUCAUCUAAUCUUGGACACAAUAUUGAGCCUGAUGGACAGGGAAACAGGCCUACACAUGUUUAUUCCCCACAGCUGGUGGCGUCGCUAAAGCAGGUGAAGGAGCGUGUUGUACAAAUCAGCCUCACCAAUGCCGUUUAUUGGAAUGCCCAUACUUUUGCACUCACAGAGACAGGAAAGUUGUAUGCAUUUGGUUCAGGUAACAAAGGCCAACUAGGUGUGGAACUUGACCAGAACGAGAGGGGGAAUCCAGACCUUGUUGACAUUGAUCUCAGUUAACCAUAAAUUGCUUCCAGUCUGCUGCAUUCUCUACUCCACCUCCCAAGUAGUUUCUUUGUGAUUCAUUGUUGACAUCAUCAUUGAUACAACUGCUUUAGUGUUCAGAUUUUCUU